AUGGUCUCCAACGUUCGCCACCCACCCGCUCUACUCGACAGAACCAAAAAUCAGGACCGCAUGUGGUCAAAUGCUAUCCAAGAUACCAUAAACCGCACAGCAGGAACAGUUCAAACAAUGAGCCCGCCGACCCCAGAUGAAUUAUGGGCCGAACGGAGUCGGAGUGCGACUUUCAACCCUCCAGCUGAUCCGUACACGGGGAGAAGAGUUUUUGUGAACGGAGACUUGGGUGAAGCCUUUAGGAGGUUGCAAACGCGACUCAGACGAAAUCGUGUAAUGCAGGAGGUGUCGCGGCAAAGACGACAUGAAAAGAAGGGCGUAAAGCGGAGACGUUUAAGCAGUGAAAGGUGGAGAAGAAUGUUUGCCAACGAGGUGCGGAAGAAAGUGCAACUUGCCGAAGCCGACGUUCGGUAUAAUCAAUCUGAUAGUCCGCGAGACGAGCCUCCUAGUACUAGCCCUUUCCAGCUAGGGGGAAUACUCGCGGCGAUGUAUUCUUGUCCGACUAGUCCCGUCGCUGGACACGAGGCCGCCCCUUCCGACCUCAUGGCUGCCAUGACGAGCGAUUAA